GCGUUUAUGAGAAUUGUGUAACAAAAAGAUAUGUUUCCUGUUUCUAAGACGUAUGCUUCCUUUUCGCAUUGUGGUCUUUGCGCGUGUGGAUUUUUAGUCCUCAGCAAUGCAAAUUUUCGUGAAAACCCUCACGGGUAAGACCAUCACUCUUGAGGUCGAACCCUCGGAUACUAUCGAGCAUGUUAAGGCAAAAAUUCAAGAUAAAGAAGGUAUUCCCCCCGAUCAACAACGUUUAAUUUUCGCGGGAAAACAACUGGAAGAUGGUCGUACUUUAGCUGACUAUAAUAUCCAAAAGGAGUCUACCUUACACUUAGUGCUGCGUCUUAGAGGUGGAGCAAAGAAGCGUAAGAAGAAGAAUUACUCCACUCCCAAGAAAAUUAAACACAAGAGAAAGAAGGUUAAGCUAGCCGUAUUGAGAUACUAUAAGGUUGAUGAAAACGGAAAAAUUCACCGCCUUCGCCGUGAAUGUCCAGGUGAAAACUGUGGGGCUGGUGUUUUCAUGGCCGCUCAUGAAGAUCGUCAUUAUUGUGGCAAAUGCCAGUUGACUUUCGUGUUUUCUAAACCAGAAGAGAAAUAAACAGACAACAAAUUUGUUAAAAUAAUAUAAAACAA